CUCCGGGCUGCGCAGAUGCGGGAAGCGCGCGCAGUGAGCAGCUGUGAUUACACCGUCAUGGACACGAGCGCAGCACAGCGGAGUUGAAUCGGGACGAGUCGGUCGUUGCCAAUAACAAAAACAAAGCAAUUAGCACUCUACUUUUCAUCGCAAUAUAGCGGAUUUAGGCGAAGUAGCGUCCGCUCGUUUGUGUGACUGGAAUAUGCCCGACAGACGGACUCCCACAACAUGACAGUCUCGCACUGGAGAAACUCUUGCUCGCGCGCUUCAUGAAGAGUCUCGAGGCCACAGAGCCGCCGCGCGCCGCCAGAUGUGCUGCUGUUAACGGCUGACACAACAUUGCGAGACGAACGGCAGCCAGACGACAAUUAACGCUUCUUUUUUAACGCUUCCCGCGUGUGAACGACAUGACAUCCCGCUGAAUGAGAUGGUAUUAUCGGCGACUGUCCUGUUUGAGCAGCUGGGCGAGCUGUCCGUUUAGCAUGUGUGGCUAAUCUCGGUGUGUUAGCGGCUAAUUAGCGCUCGAGCGUAGCCCGAGACACCCGCGACACACCAACGGCUCUGACAGGACAGAGACGCGGACACUUUCACUCUCACUCGGCUUAUGUGCUUUUUAUUUGUUUUUCCUCACAAUAAUAGGAUAUGUUUCACAUGUCCAGAAGUCUUACUGGCUCGUUAAUGUGGUAGAGUUCAAUUGUGUGCGCCGUAAGAGAGACAGCGGUUAAAGUUAGGCGCUUGUUCCCGGUGCUGGGAGUGUGCGGGGCCGAUGCGGAGCAGCGCGCCCGGCGGCCGCAGGCAUGCAGCACGACUUCAGCUCCAGCGAGGAGAACAGCGCGAGAUGGCGAGGCCUGUUCGUACAGGCGCUGCGAAAGGUGCAGCUACAAGUGCAUCCAAACUUGUCAGCUAAAGAAGACGCACUUCAGCACAUUGAGGCUCUUAUAAUACAGCUCCUGAACAAGUUGUGUGUUACGCAGCCCAGAACUGUAACUGAUGUUGAGGACCGCGUCCAGAAGACGUUCCCGAAUCCUAUUGAUAAAUGGGCCAUGGCAGACGCUCAGGCAGCAAUAGAGAAACGCAAACGAAGAAAUCCACUACUGUUACCAGUCGAUAAAAUACAUCCACUAUUGAAGGAGGUGCUGGGAUAUAAGAUCGACUAUCAUGUGUGUCUUUAUAUCGUGGCUGUGUUGGAGUACAUCUCAGCCGACAUCCUUAAGCUGGCUGGAAACUACGUGAGCAACAUUCGACAUUAUGAGAUCAGCCAGCAGGACAUCACGGUCUCCAUGUGUGCUGACAAGGUGUUAAUGGAUAUGUUUGACCAGGAUGAGGACAUGGGACUGGUUUCCCAGAGUAUAGAGGAGGUUUCUUCCUCUGGUGUUCUCACGUAUGAUGACCUGGUGCGUCUGGAGAUCGCUGAGGAGCGCCAAUAUCUGCGCGAACUUGAUCUCAUCAUCAAAGUGUUUCGACAAGCCUUUCUGUUCAAUAACAAACUCUUUUCAGCUCAGGACGUUGAGCUGGGUUUCAGUAAUAUUCUGGAAGUUCACGAGCUGACCGUGAAGCUAUUGGGCCUAAUUGAGGAUGCUGUUGAGAUGACAGCCGACGGAAGUCCACACCCCCUUGUUGGAAGCUGCUUCGAAGAUCUCGCUGAGGAGCAGGCGUUUGAUCCCUACGAAACGCUGUCUCAGGAUAUCCUCUCGAAAGAAUUCUGUCAACAUUUCAAUAAUCUGAUGACCCGCCCCACUGUUGCUCUGCACUUUCAGUCGAUUGCAGAAGGUUUUAAAGAGGCAGUACAGUAUGUACUUCCUCAGAUAAUGAUGGUUCCAGUUUACCACUGCAUGCACUACUUUGAACUGUUACAGCAAUUGCAGGAGUGCAGCGAGGAUCAGGAUGACAGAGAGUGUUUAAAACAAGCUCAGACGGCAUUGCUCAACCUACAGAGCAGCAUUGAACGCAUUUAUGCGAAACACCAACCACGGCGCAAACAAGGGGAACCUCUGUAUAGGUUAUACAGCCGUGCGUCCCGCAGUAAGCAGGCAGCUAUAAAGCGUAUGAAUGACAUCCAGAGGAGUAUUGAUGGCUGGGAAGGCAAAGAUAUUGGUCAGUGCUGCAGCCAGUUCAUCAUGGAGGGAGCACUAUUAAGGGCUGGUGCCAAGCACGAACGACACAACUUCCUGUUCGAUGGUCUCAUGAUCAGCUGCAAAGCCAACCAGAGCUCACGGUUGCCGGGGGCAGGCAGCGGGGCAGAGUUUCGUCUGAAGGAGAAGUUCAUGUUACGCAAGUUUCGCAUCGUAGAUCGUGAAGAUGCGCCGGAGUUUCGGCACGCAUUUGAGCUGGUGGGGCGUGAGGACUGCGGUGCAGUGUUCUGUGCUCGUUCGGCGGAGGAAAAGAGCGCGUGGAUGGCUGCACUGGUCACUCUGCAGUACCGGCCCACUCUGGACCGCAUGCUGGACACCGUCCUGCACCGUGAGGAACAGGCGCAACCGCUAAGGCUCCCAUCACCGGAUGUCUAUCGGUUUGCCGUUCAGGACUCUGAGGAGAACAUCGUGUUUGAGGAAGGAGCCCAGAGCAAAACCGGAAUCCCCAUUAUUAAAGCCGGGACAGUUGUCAAGCUCAUUGAGAGAUUGACGUACCACAUGUACGCAGAUCCAAAUUUUGUGCGUACGUUUCUGACUACAUACCGCUCCUUCUGUAAACCACAAGAUCUGCUUACACUACUGAUUGAAAGGAUUGAGAUUCCAGAGCCAGAACCAUCAGAGGCGGACCGGCAAGCACUUUGGAAUGGAGAGCAGCCAAUGGCAGCUGAGCUCCAGAGAUUUCGUAGAGAAUAUGUGCAACCUGUCCAACUUAGGGUUCUAAAUGUGUUCCGUCAGUGGGUGGAACAUCACUUUUAUGACUUUGAGAAUGAUCCCGAACUUCGCCGCAGACUUGAAGAGUACCUCACCAGCACCACACAGCUUAGAGGUAAAUCCAUGCGUAAGUGGGUGGAGUCUAUCAGUAAAAUAAUGAGACGUAAAAUUCAAACUCAGUCUAAUGGCAUAAGUCACAACAUCACCUUUGAGAGCCCGCCACCACCUAUCGAAUGGCACAUCAGUCGCCCUGGGCAGAUCGAGACCUUUGACCUCAUGACCCUUCAUCCCAUUGAAAUUGCCCGGCAAUUAACACUACUAGAAUCUGAUCUGUACAGAGCCGUUCGCCCGUCUGAGCUGGUAGGAAGUGUUUGGACAAAGGAAGAUAAAGAGAAGAAUUCCCCCAACCUAUUGAGGAUGAUUAGACACACUACCAACCUCACACUGUGGUUUGAGAAGUGUAUAGUGGAGACAGAAAACUUUGAUGAGAGGGUUGCUGUAUUUUCUCGUAUUAUUGAGAUUCUGCAGGUAUUUCAAGAGCUUAAUAACUUCAAUGGAGUUUUAGAGAUUGUAAGCGCCAUCAACUCGGUACCCGUGUAUCGCCUGGACCACACAUUUGAGGCUGUGCCUGAGAGGAAAAAGAAGAUUCUAGAGGAAGCUGUUGAGCUCAGUCAGGAUCAUUUUAAGAAAUAUCUGGCCAAGCUCAAAUCCAUCAAUCCACCUUGUGUACCUUUCUUUGGUAUCUACCUAACUAACAUUCUGAAGACUGAAGAGGGAAAUCCAGAUUUUCUAAAGCGUGAUGGAAAAGAGUUGAUCAACUUCAGCAAGAGACGCAAAGUAGCAGAAAUCACUGGAGAAAUCCAGCAAUACCAGAACCAACCGUACCGCCUCAGAGUGGAAUACGAUAUAAAGAGGUUUUUUGAGAAUCUGAAUCCAAUGGGAAACAUGAGCGAGAAAGAGUUUUCUGACUACCUGUUCAACAAAUCUUUAGAGAUUGAACCACGCAACUGCAGACAGCCAACCAGAUUUGCCAGAAAGAUAACGUAUUCUCUGAGGUCUCCUGGCAUUCGGCCGGUGAGGCAGGCAGCUGGAGGAGGGGGAACAUUGAAGGGUCACCCGGUGCCAUUAGAAAGAGAACCGCCCCAUAAAAUCACUUUUAGGAGCAUUGCAGAGACCGAACCUGAGACCCCUGCUUCACUUCCCACCUCUCCUAACACGCCCACCCCCCCACAGUCCGCCAGCUCUGACCUCAACUCUGUGUUUAUGGAGCAGGACCUGAACAGCUCCUUUGGUAGCAACAGUGUAUUUGCCACAGUUCUCCUACCCCAUUCCAAGUUCCAGUCUGUCUCUUGUGGUAGUUUACAUCAGUUAAUGAGUGAUGAACCAUUGAAACCCCCUCCACUACCCCCUCGCAGGAAAGACACCUCUUCAGAAACCAAGUUAAGUUCCAGAUCUGAAAGUCCACCUGCCAUUCCACCCCGACUGCCACCACCUCCUCGCCUGCAGCCGCGUGUUCCAGUAAUAAACGGGCCUUCGGACGGGCCACUGCCGAGCCCACCUCCCCCACCUCCUCGUGAUCCAAUGCCCGACACGCCACCUCCGGUUCCACAGCGACCGCCCGAGAUCUUCAUCAACUACCCCGUGAACCUGCAGCCAUCUCCAGUGGGGCGUUUUCACUGGGACUUCACCAGCUCUCCCAGUGCUCCCAACACACCGCCUGGCACGCCCUCUCCCCGCGCUCCGCCCCCCGGCACACCUUCUCCACGGGUGCCUCGGCGGCCCUGCACGCCCAGCUUCAGUCAGCCCAUCUUGUGCCACCUUCCCCCACCCACUCCAGCCCCUCCCAUACCGCCUCGGCACAACUCCACCCCGGCUCUACCAAAACUGCCACCUAAGACUUAUAAAAGAGAACUUUCUCAAACACCACACACUCUUUCACAGCCAUCCAUACACACUCUCUCACUAGUGGACAACAGGGACAACAACGAAUAAAUCGCAUCCCACACCAGGGGUGUGCAUAUGUGUUUUUAACAAUGUUUAACCUGGAAUCAGACAAUCGGAUGAUAGUAGAAACCUGAAGACGGUCAGCGCUCACAUGGGAUUAUCAUGAAUUUUCACUUGUUUUGUGUUCAGCAUUCAGAGCCAUGUAAUCACCAACGGCAACGGCAGGCCAACAUUGGUUUGCUCUACAUUUAGAGAUGGAAAUAGGCUUUUCACACCAUCGGACUCUGUUGUGGAUGUUUAUUUGGUUGCAGGUUAAGGGUCUUGGCAUCUCGCGUGACUGUGCCAACCAGGGUUUAACCCAAACGCCCACAGCACACCUCUCUUCAGUUGCCUUUAACUCACAGUCGUGACCUUGAGAUUGUACCCUUCAGGUGAAUUCUGACAUUUGGUGAGAGCUUUGUCCUCACGCUAUUUAAAGCCAAUAUGAUGUCUUAACCCCUUAAAGGUGACCUCUACUUACAGUUCUUCAUUUCAUCACAAGCUCUCUACGGAUACUUAUUAUGACCCAAGAUUUCAACUCCAGACUCUUAAUGUGCCUUCAAAAGAAAAUGACAAAACAACUAAACAUCUCUGUACAUGUCCGAAAAUCAUUUGCCUUGUCCUUGCUUAGAACAAAUGUCUGCGUUACACCUCUCUAUUCACGGUGCAUGUGUGUGCGUGUGAGCUCCAAGUAUUCUGUACAAAGUAACAUAUCUGCCCUGGCUUCAUACUGUCACUUCCCUCCAUGUCGCCAUGGCUGAUGUAUCUACUGACAAUCUCAGUCUGAGACCCACCAGAUUCACACACUGUUGUAGAGUGUUUGGUGUGGACCAUUGUAAAAUUUGUGUCUCUCAAUAGUGUGCGGUGAGUGUUCGGGGCCUUUUUGCACUUUAGGGCAGUACUGUUACAGAAAAGAGGACUGAAACUCACAAUCCUGUGACCUUAUGAUGCUGUCCUGCUGUCUACCAUGUUAGGCCGGUCAGGACAACCAUCAGACUGCGUCUCAAACUCGCAUCCCUGUGACGCUUGGGACGCAGGGAUGCAGUCAGAAUGUUCUGUUGUAAUCAUGCCUCUUGCUCUCAUUCAGGUCCUCUCCAGCUACCAAACCAGGUCCACACAGGAAGGGCUUCAUCACUAGUGCAAUUCCUAUAGAAGUGACCACGGAAACGGUCUUCGUGGCAAUCAGCCAUAGGGGACUGCAGUGUUCUGUUAGUGAUGUCACAUCCUGUAUGCGUAUUCCCACUGAGGCUUUACAGCCGUUAACUGGUCAGUUAGUUGGUUUGAAGUGUUAGUAAAUCCCAAAAAACUCACUGUGUGUGUCUGUAUGUAUGUAUGUGUGUGUGUAUGUAUGUAUGUGUGUGUGUGUGCGUGCGCAUUCAAGGCCUGUAACUGCUUUUGUACCAUGUUCUCCAUGAGACUCAUUAAUAAACACGCAGUCUUAUUUUCUA